AGUCUCACACCGGAAGCUGUCAGUGGCUCGGUGUAAACACCCCGGUGAGAUGGUGACUGGGUUCUGUCCGGGUUUAGUCCCUCUGUACCCGGGUUAAACGUCAGCACGGUGACCCGCUCCAGCUCCAGACCAACACCUGAUCUGAGCCGAGCCGAGUUGAGCCGAGUGAACCGUCCGAGAGCAGCAUGAAUGAGACGGAGGGGCUCCGGUUCCGGCGGGUGCACCGACCGCAGGUCAUCACCGACGAGCUGCCGGAGCACCGCUACAAAGGAUCCGGCACCUACAGCGGGAAGGUGUUCCAGGUGACUCUGCUCUCUCUGGGUGGCUUCCUGCUUCUUCCUCUCCUGUUCAUCAUCCUCAUCCUGGAGUCUCCCAUCCAGCCUGACGUGUUCAGUCUGAAGGAGCCUCCACUGAUGAAGGGCUGCUGGGAGCCGAACCUGAAGCUCCGAGAGGCCCAGAGACUGUUCGAGGACCAGAUCAUCGGACCCGAGUCCAUCGCCAACAUCGGAGACGUUUUGUUCGCUGGAACAGCUGAUGGGAAAAUCGUGAAGCUGGUCGGUCGAAGAAUUCACACGGUGACGAGACUCGGAAAACUUCCCUGUGGCUCCAGAGAGGAUGAGCCCACCUGUGGGAGGCCGCUGGGGAUCAAGGUGGGACCCAACGGGACUCUGAUUGUGGCUGACGCCUACCUGGGAGUGUUUGAGGUCAACCCCACCACAGGUGAAGCGACUCGGUUGGUGACGGGUGGUCAGGUGGUUGCCGGCAGGAAGCUGUCAUUCAUCAACGACGUGGCGGUGACGCAGGAUGGGAAGAAGGUGUACUUCACCGACUCCAGCAGCAGGUGGCAGCGCAGAGACUACCUGAACCUCAUCAUGGAGGCCACGGCCGACGGACGAGUGUUGGAGUACGACACGGAGAGCCGGGAGCUGACGGUGGUGAUGGAGAACCUUCGAUUCCCAAACGGGCUCCACCUACUGCCUGACGAGGAGUCGGUGCUGGUGGCCGAGACCACCAUGGCUCGGAUACGCAGAGUCCACGUUGCCGGUCUGAACAAAGGUGGGAUGGACACGUUCAUCGACAACCUGCCCGGUUUCCCUGACAACAUCCGCCCGAGCUCGACCGGAGGUUACUGGGUGGCCAUGUCGGCGGUGCGGCCCAACCCCGGCUUCUCCAUGCUGGACUUCCUGUCCCAGAGACCCUGGAUCAAGAAACUCAUCUUCAAGCUCUUCAGUCAGGACGUCCUGGUGAAGUUCGUCCCUCGGUACAGCCUGGUGGCGGAACUCCAUGAAGGUGGCGUCUGCACACGGAGCUUCCACGACCCCAACGGCCUGGUGGCGGCUUACGUCAGUGAAGUCCACGAGCAUGAUGGGAGCCUGUACAUGGGCUCCUUCCGCUCGCCGUACAUCGCCAAACUUGACCUGCGCAAGGUCUAAAGACAAUAAAGACCAAUUGACUGAUGGAUGUACAGACGGACAUGUGUGACUUAGUAAGAAGUCUGAAACCGCGACGUGGUGUUCUUCUUUAACAGUGAUGUCAUGAUGCACCAGGAGGUAAAUGAAAACCUGUCACAGGUGUGUUGUCAGACUCGGGCGGCGGUCAGUCUGGUUAAAGUUCUCGACACACAUGAGAGAUUACCCUGAAAUUCAAACACUGUGUCUCCAGAAGGUGAACCCAAGGGACGCUGCCGACAGGACAGCCUGGUAACCAUAGUGACAGUCUGACAUCAUGUUUGUGUUAGACUUUUUCGUUUUGCGGACAUCAUGGAGCGUGAUCAGGCUGGGUAUGGAAAUUUUAUAUCUUCUUUGGUACUAAAUGUGUCUGUAGCUCAGAGUUUAAAAUCAGGUUCUGAUAACUGACAUCAAAUUUCCGAAACAUGAUUUUGUUGACUUCCUAAUUUAAAUCUUAAUUUAUCCAGUUUUGGUUUUCGCUUGGCGUCUCGUCAGACAUUUAACAGCUGAUUUGGUUCAAUAAAUAAAAUGUGUUGGUGGAAAAACAUGAGUGAGGAAUAAAAAAUGUUUUGAUAUUGACCCUUUCAGGGCUGACAUCACGAUGACAUCACAGUGACAUCAUGUUGUCACCUGGAGGUGCAGCUGCCUCUCCCCCACAGGGCUGUAGGCUCCAUAGGAGUGUUAAAAUGUGUUUGUCUUGUUGUGUUAUUGGGAGCCAGAAUAGAAGGAGUCAUGGCUCAAAACCAGCCGCCACUGCCCGUCAACAAAAACAAAGACAACUAUGGUUAAAUGUGAUAAGACCAAAGGACUGGACGGAGGCCAUCAUCAAAAAUGCUCACAUGUGCAGCGCACACUUCAUAUCAGGUUAGGGAAAAAGUAUUUCCUGUUGUAGGGAUGAAUAAGGUUAUGUGUAUUAAGGGUUAUCAUGUCCACCUCAUCAGAAACUGGGGAGGGAUUAAGAGGAAUAUUGGAUUUCUCUGCAACGCUAACUUUUUAGCACAUUAGCUAACGUUCGCUUCCAGUUUGUGUCAGAGUGCGCUCCCACACUCAGAAUGAGUGUUUCUGAACGCACCACUCACAUCAUCUUCCUCCAUCGUCUAAAACAAGACAACAGAAGUUGUUAGCUAGUGCUAACGUUAGCUAAUGUCUGUGGAGAACUGUUCUGGCUCCAUCUAAGCCCCGCCCACCAAAAAACGUCACACUGUUUACUAACAGUUAAAGGGUCUAUUAGCACUGAAACUCUGGUUGUGUUCGGCAAACAAUUCCGGGCCCUAAAAUAACACUCACCUGGUUAAAAGAAAAAUUCCCACACCAACCAGCCAAAAAAAAAAAGAUAGCUUAAGCUAAUUAACUCGCUCACAAGCUAUUUGGCUGAUUCACCAGUAGGUUAGCUUGCUAGCUUGGUCAUUGUAGCGCUAACUAGCUGCUCCUAGCCAUAAACCUGCAGGCAGACGGGAUGAACUUCCAACAUCAGUGUUUGUUUACCUGUUAAUGUUUUGGGCUCCCAGUCUGCGCUAACCUACAAAGCUAACUGGCUUGGAUAGCACUGUUACUGCUACUAGCUGCCAUUUCUCACCAUAGUAUGUUAGCUAGCCUGAGCCAACAGAUAGUAUCAAAGUUUGUGCCUGUAGUAAAAGAAAUCAUUUUAUCAUUAU